AUGCAGCUGCCGGAGCUGGCUCCGCCGCUGGCGGUGCCCUCUCCGCCUGCAGAGGCGCCAGUGCCCUUGGGUGUACAAAUCCCGACCGCAAAAUGCGAGGAGGGCUCGGUUUGGGAGCCCGAGGGCCGGAAUGAGGUCAUCGUUCUGCCAGCUAUGGGCAGUGUCACAGGAGAAAGCCAAGCCAAGCCCAAGCCGGGUCAGAUCCUGCAGGCCAUGCCGUGGUUCCUUGCAAACCAGGACGACUCGGAGCUGUCCUUUUUGCUGCCUCAUGACUGGAGUCAAGACUGCCUGGAGCUGCUCUCCUGCAGCUGCGGUGCCUUGCUGGUGCUUGCCUUUCUUGGCAUUAUCACGUCAUUGGUCAUGAUGAUUUUCAAUGAGGUCAUGCCUUUCAUUUGCCCUUCUCACCAUGUCCAAUGCCGGCUUCGGGAAUUGACACCCAACGAGAGCUCGCGCCGAGUUAAUGUGUCGAUCUUUUUGCUGUGCUCGAUCACGCUGCCAAUCGCCAUGGCUGCAUGCCAAAGUCAUUGCAUGUGUUUGCGCGUCUUCCUCCGGGAAGGCGGUCUAUGGCCUUGGCUGAAGGGCCGGCGAGAUGCAGUGCUGCGACGCUGUGCAGCGGCUCCGUCAGCGCUAAGGCGAUGUUGUUGGCGCCCAAGCAAAAGCCGAGUGCAGCCUGGCGAGAGCAGGGAGCUGCAGCGCUGCUUCGGCGUGCACCAGGACUUCGACGUCAUUCUGCCCAGCAACAAUUUCAAGGGCAUCCCUGGCCUGGGCAAGAAGUUGAGCCCAGGCUUUCCCAAGCACUGGCAUCAUACAGUUCCAGAUUUCCACGAGACAGUCGAGCUGAGCACCAUUGAGGGUCAGGGUGCUGAAAUUGCUCGCCUGGUUUUGGAUGAUCCAACCUGGCACCAGCCUCCUCGAUGCGAGCGAGUGCUUCGAAUCGAGAGCUCCGGCGCCUGGGUGGCCUACUGCAGCCGCAAAGCCCAGCUGCGACGCGAGGCGCUGGCGCCGGUGCCCGUGGGGCCUGCGCCGGAGUGGGCAGACUUGGACGCGAGUGUCAACGAGCAGUUUUUGCUUUAUGGCACCACCCUGCAUGCAGCACGGCUUGCUGAGUUCAGCGGCCAGGUCCCGGGAACUCCAGACUGCCAACGGCACGUCCUGCUGCGGCGCUUGGGCGGAGGCAGUCAAUUCUGUGAGACAGGUUUUAUGGCGCACGAACAAGCAACCGAAGCUGGCUACAACAAGGACAGUCUUGAUAGUCCAUGGGUGGUGCUGGUCUGCCGCGUCCUUUUGGGAAGGCCACUUUGCCACCAUGGCCAGCGUGUGGGGCCGCGGCUGCACCGGGACUGGGAGAGCGGCAAGUACGGCUCUAUCCUGCUGCAACUGGAUGGCCGUCGGGAGUACCUCCUGCCACCGGAGGUUGCUGAGGGCGCAUACCCGGAGUUCUUGCUAAUUCUUCGAUGA